AUGUUCAAUCGUCCGGGUGGCGAGCUGUUUGCAUGCAGACGUCUCGUCGCCGUGGCCGACGCAUGGCUGGUCCAACGUGUGGAGGAGUUUGACCUCAGCUCGGCCGUCGGUGUCGGCGGGCUGACGGCGGCCGCCGGAAUCGCGAUUCGCUCUGCCAGCUGCCAGCAGCCUCGCGUUGCCGCUCUCGUUGGCGCAGCAGCAGCGAUUGGCCUUUGCACAGUCGAUCGGCGUCACCGCCGAUCGGUGCACUUUGCGAAGAGCACGAACGCGGUGUGGGUUGCGGUGCAGAACCGCGGCGAGGACGACCCGGACCAGUAUUGGAUCGGCCGCGCCGUCGCUCUCAGGCCUCCCUUUCAGACGGGUGGCAGCGUCGCAGGCACAGGCGGGAGGGUGCGCUACGAUCCCGGCGAUAUGGAGAUCGAGGUCGAGUGGUUCGAUCGAGACGUGAGCGGUGGCGACGAGCGGCGGAUCUUCAAGGCGUGGCGCCCCGGCGCCGACACCACGCCCGCUGCUGCUGCUGCUGUGGGGCGUGGUGGCAGCGGCGGUGGGGGACGCGGGCGAGGUGGCGGUAGGCGCGGGGGGCGAGGCGCCGCCGAGGCAGGCGCGGCUGCGGAGGGCGCCGCGCCAGAGGGACCCGCAGUCCUCACCUUCAACUCGUCCGAGCUGCGCAUGAUCAACGUGGAGAUGCAGCUGGUUGCGCCGCUCGGUGGCGGCGCCGCUUUGGAUGUGGUGCGACGGUCCGGUCGGAUCGCGCUCCAAGGCAUCGCACGGCGCGUACAGACGCAGCGCGCCGACCCGCCCGAUCAGCUGUGGGAGAUCCCCACUGGGAACGAGCGCUUCAUCCUCGAUCGAUGCUCGUAG